UGCUGCUAAUAGCAACCGCUGAACAUGCUUCAAACCCUGGUAAGAAGAUGAGGGCGUAAAGGUACACCCUCAGUCCUUAAGUACCUGUACACCCUUCAUCCUUAAGGGGUUAAUGACCACAAUAAAAAUGUGUAGUGGUCAUUAAGAGCGCUGUAGAUGCCACUGUGUUGUACCCCUAUCCACAGGAUAGGGGGUAGAGCAGUCUGGCAUCUGCAGUACACAAAUACAUGGAACAUCUGUCUACAGCAUGCCCUCUGAUCUCUUAAAGGGGCCCCAGAUCUUGUAGUUGAACCCACCAGGAUCAGUUCCCUAUUUCUAUGGAUAGGUGAUCUAUACAGCCACUGUGCUUCAUCAAAAAUUAGUGCAUGUCCGAACUUUUUUCUCUUCUCAACUACCCUAAAAUUCUGGACACCUGAUGAAACCCUUUUAAGUCAAUCUUGGACUCCGGCAGGACAACAGCAGUGUAAACAUAGCCCAAAAUAUUUAUGUGCUGGACAAACCCUAUAGACCAUUUAUUGAGAGAAAUUACAAUAAUAACCUGUACAAGAUCCUCCAGCUUCAAAAAAUAUCAGAAUUAUUUUAUGGACAAAGAAAAAAGUUCCCUUCUCUAACGGACUGUCUAGGAAUUUCUAGAUGGUCGGCAAGUGAUGACGGUUUGUAGGAGGUCGGGUACAGCACAUGAGAUGCCAGUCACAUCACCAGCAUCCCGCGGUACCACCUGUUAAUAAGCCGCAUGUGAACAGGAGCCUCAGCUCCGGGCAUCUGCACUCAGGAGCAUCAGCUGGCACAGGGCCAUGAGGGGGGCCAGGUCACGUGUUCCAGUGCCCGGGGGCGCGCGCCGCCAACCAGUCCACCCCGCCCCCCUACUGUUCGGCGCGCUCCUCGGCCGCGGACUAUACUUCACUAAUGACUUGUGGAGGAACCGCGUGAAUACGGUUGAGCCGAGCUUAUAGCUGCUCUGUACCGUACAAGAAACAGCGAGCACACGUCUUGCCACACUGACAGGGCCAAGCGUGUGUGUCUGGGGGAGGGGAGGGUUGUAUCGGCGCUAAUGAAGCCGAAUGAUAUUGUGACAGUGCAUUCAUCAACCAUUGGUGACAGCAUCGAUCCCACUCUGUCACAGACACAUCUCCACCGCCCCCCAGGACCGCGGCUGGCGCAGCAGCUGUUCCCGUGACCGACCCCUUCAGAGGAGCACACGCUCACCGCUCCAAUUAGCGGUGUCAUCCGAGGAAGAGCCGACAGUCCCACCCGGGCCCAGUUUCUUCCGAGCUGCGCCCUCAUACUUAUAACGUCCCUGUGGAGCAGCCGCUCUUCAUAUCCCUCCGCCCACUCUCCUGGAGCCGGAUCUUGCUUCUCAUUAACAGGGGCUGCAUUUGGUCAGCGGAAGAGUUAACAUAAGUAGUGCCGGAAUCUGUUUUAUACGCUCUCGCUUCGGCGGAGGGAUAUUCUUCUUGGACCUAACGUGGUGCUGAGGCUCGACGAGCGGAAAAAAAAAAAAAAAAUAUGUCUGCCUGAGGGAGACCCACAAGUUCCUAUCGGCUGAAAACAAAACCUUUCGGUGCUGUGAAAGCCCCCCAAACCGGCAGAAACCGGGAGUUUAGACGACGCUCUGCUCGGGUGACGGAUUUAGGCUGCUGUCAGGACCCCGGGAGGAAGGUGUACAAGGACUCCCAUAAACUUCAAUCCAAUUGUUGGAUGUUUAGACGGAAAAAAAAGGAGCUGAUCUGAGUGGUUGGAGAUGAAUCCUCAGCAGCGGAUGGCCGCUAUAGGCACAGACAAGGAACUGAGUGACCUCCUGGAUUUCAGUGCGAUGUUUUCUCCACCUGUUAAUAGUGGGAAAACCAGACCAACUACACUAGGAAGUAGUCAAUUCAGUGGAUCAGGUAUUGAUGAACGGUCUGCUACUUCUUCAUGGGGGACAAGUGGGCAGAUGAGCCCGUCCUACGAAUCAUCAAGGGGUUUUGAAGACAGCCCUCAUUACAAUGAACACUUGAGUGACAGUCGAUUAGGGCCCCAUGAAGGAUUGUCCCCGACACCUUUCAUGAACUCAAAUCUGAUGGGGAAAACAGCUGAUAGAGGCCCUUUCCCAGUGUUUGGCAGAGAUUCAGCAGUGCCUGGUUGUCAGACCAGCCUCAUUCGAACCGAUAUUGGACUUGGUAGUUCGGGGCAGCUUCCGACCUCAGGAAAACCAGGAAGCCCUUAUUUUCCAUUUUCUGCAUCAGGUUCUCGUCGAAGGCCAAUACAGGACACCCCAACCCUAGAUCCUGUGCAAACUAAGAAGAUAAGAAAGGUCCCGCCUGGUUUGCCUUCUUCCGUCUAUGCACCCUCUCCAGGUUCAGAUGAUUUCAAUCGGGAGUCUCCAAGCUACCCAUCCCCUAAACCACCCAGCAGUAUGUUCGCUAGCACUUUCUUUCUGCAAGAUGGCAACCAUAAUUCAUCAGAGCUAUGGAAUUCCUCGAAUGGAAUUGGCCAACCUGGCUACAGUGGAAUGAUGGGCAGUUCAUCUUCUCAUAUGCCACAGUCAAACAAUUAUGGCAGCCUACAUGACCGUUUGAACUAUCCACCACAUCCAGUUUCACCAACAGACCUAAAUGCCAGUCUUCCACCAAUGUCUACCUUCCAUCGCGGUAGCACCACUAGUUCCGCUUAUGUUGCUUCUUCCCAUACGCCACCCAUCAAUGGAUCAGACAAUCUUAUGGGCACAGGAAGCAGAGUUAAUGCAACAGGCAGCUCACAAACAGGAGAUGCACUUGGAAAAGCUCUGGCAUCUAUUUAUUCUCCUGACCACACCAGCAGUAGUUUUCCAUCAAAUCCUUCAACCCCUGUCGGCUCCCCUUCUCCUCUUCCAGGUGCCAACCAAUGGUCUAGACAAGGAGGGCAAACACCUUCAUCUCCGAGCUAUGAAAAUUCACUUCACUCCCUGAAAAAUCGGGUUGAGCAGCAACUCCAAGAGCAUUUGCAAGAUGCUAUGUCCUUCUUAAAGGAUGUCUGUGAGCAGUCUCGGAUGGAGGACCGUCUAGAUCGACUUGAUGAUGCAAUACACGUCCUGCGGAACCAUGCAGUAGGACCUUCCACUAGCAUGCCCGCUGAUAUACACAGUUUACUGGGGGCAGCACACAAUGGACCCAUUGUAAGCCUGACUUCAAAUUAUGGGACAGCUGGACUUGUACCAAACAGUCGACAGACCUCAAUGUUGGGAAAUCAGAGAGAAGAGUCUGUGAGUCUCAACAAUGACCAUGCAGCUCUGUCCAGCACAGUCUCUGCUUCAAGCACAGAAAUAAACCACAAAAGCCAAGACAAUUACAGAGCAUUGUCUGCUGGAUUGACAAACCAACCUGUUAUGCCGCCCCUCAUAGAAGUGAAGUCUGAGCGUAAAGAAAAAGAUGAAAAUCUUCUUGACCACGGCACAUCAGAUGACAUGAAAUCAGAUGAUGAAACGUCUCAAUCGGACUUAAAAACCUCAAGGGGUAGAACAAGCAGUAUUAAUGAAGAUGAAGACUUAAAUCCUGAACAAAAGCUGGAAAGAGAAAGGGAAAGGAGGAUGGCAAACAAUGCAAGGGAACGAUUACGCGUUAGGGACAUCAAUGAAGCUUUUAAAGAACUUGGACGCAUGUGUCAAUUACAUUUAAAGAGUGAAAAACCACAGACAAAACUGCUAAUUCUUCAUCAGGCUGUAGCAGUUAUUCUGAAUCUAGAGCAGCAAGUUAGAGAGAGGAAUCUAAACCCAAAAGCAGCCUGCCUUAAACGAAGGGAAGAAGAAAAAGUUUCUGCCGUAUCGGCAGAACCACCAACUGCACAUCCGGGAACUCAUCCUGGGCUUACUGAUAAUACCAACCCUAUGGGUCAUAUGUAAACAUCAGCCAGGACUCGCACUAUGAAUAGGAUAUAGAAGGUGACCUUUUCAUCACAAGGACACAGACAACUAACAUUGACGACACAAAUCUGACAGGAUAAUGAGCAAACAAAGAGGGGGGACUUGAAUCAAGAUGCCCAAAAUGCAAUAUGAUGAUGAAAGCAAAUGUGGAACACCUGCAUCAGAAGUUGAAAUCUGCUAGAAUUUCAGCCCAUUUCUGAACAUAUCUUCUUGUUUGUGUGUCGUUCCUGCACAAUCAGACUGUCCUACUAUCUCCACACCUUGUGGAAGCUGCCUUGUGCCUAAACUGAAUUGACAAAUGCAUUGUAUCUACAAAUUUUAUUUAUUGUUAAGGAACUGUUGUAAAGGUCUACGUUUAAAGAAAAAAAGGGAAAAGUUGGGCUGAAAGUGAUAAAGAUUUCAGUUGAUGCCAGCAUUUGUUAGAACUGUUCUCUUGCAGAGAAUACAAACAGUGGCGACCUGUGACCCUUUAGCAUUCCCAGCAUACCUAUUAGUGUCUUAAAGAAGGAAGGGAAAUGGCUUUUUUUUUGUCAUUUCCAUUUCUUUUGCCAUUUGCAUAGUGUUUUCCAACUAAUGGAAGAUAUUCCAUGGCAUAGCUUUGUUUUUAUUUCUUUUUUAUGUUAAUUUUGAUCUCUGGUAAUCUGAACAGUUAUGGUCAUAGGUAUCCUCCCAUGUUAUACUCCAUGCUUUGACUCAUGAAAUGGUGAAGAUAGAAGACUAGAGCAAUAUUUUGAUAUGACUAUAGAAAUGAAAAUUGUUAUGUGGAUAAAGGAAAAACAAAGAUCUCUAGGCUUCAUAGAAAAACAAACUGUAUUGGGGGGAAAGAGUACUUACUAGAACAGCUACAUUUACCCAUGCAGUAUCUGUAGGGCAGCAAGCAUUAACUAUAAGUAAGCACAAAGCUAAAAUACAAAGGAGACUUGUCAGGCAGUAAUUCUGGUAAUCUUACCAUUGCUGGAUGUGUGUGUGUGAACAAAUCUUAUUGUAUUAGGGAACAUGAAAGCAAUGGUCACCAUUUAAAAAAAACAACAACAAAAAACGGAUGAUUUUGUAAAGGAAGGUUUAUAUUCUUUAACUAUAUUAGAGUGUAACCCAUUGAACAGUUAUUUAUUCUGUUCUUGCAAAACCCUCUCACCAACAUAUAGAUUCCUGUUAACUUUUACCCAAUCAGUCUUCCACUUCGAGCAUGGAGAAAAUAAAUUCAUAUUAAGAUUUUUGUCCUGGUUUGAACAAAGGUUUUCCCAGUUGUAACAGAUUCUGCACAGAACAAAAUAUAUAUGUAUAUUUUUUCUUUUUGGUAAAAAAAUUACAUUUUAUUGGUCCCUUACAAAGUUAAGGGAGUUAGUGGAUCUUACGUUUUGCUGAUAUUUGCAUCCGAUCAUGGGACUAGAUCUGUGGCCUUGUUCUUCAUUUCAGUAUUUAUCAACAUUGUUGCUUUUGACAUGUGAGAGAAAUCACAUGCCACUGCCUGGCCUUUUUUUAUUUUUAUUUCUUCCUUUUUUUUCCUCUUUUGUUUGUGGCUUUAUUAGACUUUGCAGUAUGCCCAGAAGCUUUCCUUCAUAAAAUAGAAAGAAAAAACAUUUGGCUUAUUUUUCACUGUAGUUAGUCUUUUAUACAAUAAUCUUGUAAGAAAAUUUCUUGGAUUCUAAAUAUUACUCUUUCUAGAUUUUUGAAAUCGAAAAAGUUUUCAGUAAAAAGUUUCUUACUUUAUUUUACUAUAUUAGGUAGUAAAAAUGUAGGGUUAUUUACCAUAACCUGUUCAUUAAUAUCAGAAAUUUACAAUAGCAUUUUAAGAACAUAGUAGGGUCCUAGCAUACCGUGUAGUACCUAUGGAGUAUUGUAAGAGCUACUUGUCCAAGAUGAAUUGCUGAUCAUCUUGUUCUACAGUUUUCAUUGUUGGUCUAUUGCAGAUUUGUACCCUGUGUCAAACUCAACGUUUAUUGUUGAUAAAACGUUCAACCAGCAGCAGAAGUUCAAAAUUUUUCUGUCAGUGUAACAGAAACACGAUAUGUAUAUAACAUUUAUGUAGCAAUAAAUGUGCCAUCUUUUUUUAAAAAAAACUAAACUUGGUUCUUAUUUAUAAUGCAAUGCAUG